AUGCGCUCUCUGCCCAACAUCAUCAUAACGGGCACCCCGGGGGUGGGCAAGACCACGACCUGCACCCAGCUCAUCGGCCUGGCCUCGUCCUCCACUCCGCCGAUCAACCUCAAGCACCUCUCGAUCAACGACCUCGUCAAGUCGAGCUCCUGUCACUCGGGCUACGACGAAGACCUGCAGACGCUGAUCGUCGACGACGACAAGCUCAUGGACGAGGUGGAGAAGGACAUCGCGGACGGCGCCGGCGAAGGUGGAUGGGUGAUUGAUUGGCACUCCACGGCGGGGUUCGCGGUGCGCUGGGUCGACCUCGUGGUCGUGCUGAGGUGUGAAGAGACGAGUGUCCUCUACGACCGCCUCGCGGCCCGGGGUUACAAGGAUUCCAAGGUGCAGGAAAACAUGGACGCCGAGAUCUUUGGCGUGGUCAGCGAGGAGGCCAAAGAAGGGUGGGGGGAAGAGGAGGAAGGGCGGGUUGUGGAACUCAAGAGCGUGGAUGCAGACGACAUUGAAGAGAACGCCGAGAGGAUUCUGCAGUGGGUGAAGAAUUGGAUCAAAGAUCAUCAUACUACGGAUGGGUAG